CCAAAACUGACGGUGUCGCAGCCGAUUGGCUCGAAUUCCAGCCUAUCGCACAACACUACUUAUUGACAGUGUCGACGUUUGUGAUGUUAAAUCUGAUGUUUCCAGGGUCUGAAGAGUUACUACAGUCGACCUGAGUGCUGCAAUAAAGAAAAUGCCAAGAACUAUUUUCCGGAAAGCCUGGUCCUCUGAUGAAAAGCUUGAUGGCAAAACUGUGCUGAUCACUGGUGCCAACACUGGCAUCGGGAAAGAAACUGCCAAAGACCUGGCAAAGAGAGGGGCAAAGAUCAUCAUUGCAUGCAGGGACAUGGAGAAAGCACAGGAGGCCUUGAAAGAAAUUAUCGAAACCUCAGGCAACGACAACGUCAAGUGCAUGAAGCUCGACUUGUCUGACACCAAGUCCAUAAGAGAGUUUGCUGAAGCCUUCAACAGAGAUGAGCCAAAACUCAACAUCCUCAUCAACAACGCCGGAGUGAUGAUUUGUCCUUAUGGGAAAACUGCAGACGGCUUUGAGACGCAGAUUGGUGUUAAUCACUUGGGUCAUUUUCUGUUGACACACUUGUUGUUUGACCUGAUUAAAAGAUCAGCACCAGCCAGGAUCGUCAUCGUGUCCUCUGUGGCUCACGUUUACGGCUCCAUCAAUCUGGAGGACAUCAAUAGCGAGAAGAGAUAUGACAAGGUCAAAGCUUACUCCCAGAGCAAACUGGCCAACAUCCUCUUCUCCCGCUCACUGGCUAAGCGACUGGAGGGCACAGGUGUGACAACUUACUCUCUCCAUCCUGGUGCUGUUAAGACCGAUUUGCAGCGCCAUGCGAAAGGUGCUUGGUCGUUUCUCCUGACACUAACUAGGCCUUUCUUUAAAAACGCUGUCGAGGGAGCUCAGACGUCACUCUACUGCGCCGUGGAACCAUCACUGGAGAAUGAGACCGGUCAAUACUACAGUGACUGUACUCGUACCAGCUGUUCCUCUGCUGGUAAAGACGAUGACAUGGCACAGAAGCUGUGGGAGCUGAGCUGCCAUAUGCUCAACAUAACAUGGGAAUGAACCAACCUGGAAGGAAAAUAAAAUCUUUACAGAGUUUCUCUGCUAACUGAUGCACUGAUAUCUGAUUUCACUAUGACUGCCAACCAGGAAAGAAGGUGCAAAAGACCUAACAAAUUUGCAUUGAGUCAUAUAUUUUUCCCAACCACUGUUUUAUGUGUGUGUUUUCCAUAAUAACCGUAAUUUAUCAAUGUGUCUAUUUGUGAUUGUGAUGUAAACAAUUUACUGUAAGCUUAAACAAUUUUUUAUUCAUUUUGAUGAAAGCUGUGGAAAGCUCAUUUUAAUGCAAUAAGUGCAGUAAUUCAGGAAUAAACUUGACUGAAUCAGA